AUGAGAUGUCAGAGAGUCCUCACCUACCUGCGGAUAUGUGGGACAACCAUGUUCGGCGUGUCCCUCCUGGUGGGCAUCUCCACAGCCUACAUCAUGGGCUACCAGUUCUUCACCACAAGCCGCAAUCACGUAUCUUUCGGGCUGUACGGCGCAAUUUUGGUCAUCCACCUCAUUAUCCAGAGCCUUUUUGCGCUCUUAGAACAUCGAAACAUGCGGCGGUCCUUGGAGACGCCGAUCAAACUGAAUAAAUCCUUGGCGUUGUGCAUUGCGGCGUAUCAAGAGGACCCAAGCUACCUGAGGAAAUGCCUGGUGUCGGUGAAGAGGCUGACGUACCCGGGGAUCAAAGUGAUCAUGGUGAUCGACGGGAACACGGACGAUGACUUGUACAUGAUGGAGAUUUUUAAAGAGAUCAUGGGAUGGGACGCAUCGGCCACGUACGUGUGGCGGAGUAACUAUCACAGCAGGGGGCCCAAGGAGACGGAUGAGAGCUACGCCGAGAGCCUUCAGCAGGUCUCCAGGCUGGUGCUGAACAACAAGUGUGUGUGCAUCAUGCAGAAGUGGGGAGGAAAGAGAGAGGUCAUGUAUACAGCCUUUAAAGCACUGGGGAGGAGCAUGGACUAUGUGCAGGUGUGUGACUCUGACACUAUGUUGGACCCAGCAUCAUCGGUGGAGAUGGUGAAGGUUCUGGAAGAAGACCCUAUGGUGGGAGGCGUUGGAGGAGAUGUGCAGAUCCUAAACAAGUAUGAGUCGUGGGUCUCCUUCCUGAGCAGUGUUCGGUACUGGAUGGCCUUCAACAUUGAACGGGCUUGCCAGUCCUACUUUGGUUGCGUGCAGUGCAUCAGUGGGCCUUUAGGAAUGUACCGGAAUUCGCUCCUACACGAGUUCCUUGAGGACUGGUACAAUCAGACUUUCAUGGGAUCCCACUGCAGUUUUGGAGAUGACCGCCAUCUCACGAACAGAGUUCUAAGCCUUGGGUAUGCAACUAAAUAUACUGCUCGAUCAAAGUGUCUCACUGAGACGCCGAUCACAUACCUGCGGUGGCUCAAUCAACAGACUCGAUGGAGUAAGUCAUAUUUCAGAGAAUGGCUAUACAACUCGAUGUGGUUCCACAAACAUCAUCUAUGGAUGACUUAUGAGGCUGUGAUCACAGGUUUCUUCCCGUUUUUCCUUAUUGCCACUGCAAUCCAACUCUUCUACCAAGGAAGGCUCUGGAAUAUUCUGUUGUUUCUGCUCAUUGUGCAGGCGGUGGCGCUGAUCAAGGCCUCAUUCGCCAGCUGCCUCAGAGGUAACAUUGUCAUGGUGUUCAUGUCGUUCUACUCCGUACUAUACAUGUCAAGCCUGUUGCCAGCCAAAAUGUUCGCAAUAGCAACAAUCAACAAGUCUGGAUGGGGGACCUCUGGGAGGAAAACGGUAGUGACAAACUUCAUUGGUCUGAUUCCUAUAUCAGUUUGGUUCACCAUCCUCUUCAUUGGGAUUAUCUACACAGUUGUCCUGCAGACUAGAAAACCCUUUCCUGAAUCAGAGAAGAUUGUUCUGGUCAUAGGAGCAGUCGUCUAUGCCAGUUACUGGGUCAUACUGUUGACGUUGUAUACAGUGCUCAUAAAUAAGUGUGGGAAGAGGAAGAAGGAAACAGACUAUGAUAUGGUGCUGGAUGUAUGACUAACAGUCAUAAUUUACCACUGAACUCUCUUUGACUCUCUUUCAUCAUAUCCAUGAUGUUGUUAUACAAAUGUUUUUCAGAUGUGGAGCAGCUCUGGAGGCAAAAUUGGUUUAAGUUCAACCAAAAUGGGCAAAUAACCAUGGUUCUUUUCAAACUUGAAUGGAAAAAUGUAUAAUAAUAUAUAUAUAUGGCACUGGCUGGUUUUCAUGUUCAUUCAUUAAUAACCUUGGAACAGCAUGCUAGCUAAGUAGCUUACCUAGAUUUCUUUUUAAAUCUAACACGUUUAGCUGAAGAGUGCUAGGCUUUAUAAUAUUAGCUACCUCUUACCCCUGAAUUCCGCCAGGUGCAUCUGCACUGCGUUCCGGUGGCACCACGGCCGCCGGCAGCAAUGGUGGCCGCUCAAGCCAAUACUUGUAAUUCCACCAGCUGCGAUGCAGCCCAUCCCAGAAGCAUCCAAGAACGGCUCUCUGCUCUGCACUGCUUAAAAUCCGGGGUAGGUCUAUUAUUGACAGAGCCGCAAGGCAUUCAACAGGCUGGGCAGGAAGUGGAAAGACUACAGCAUUUGGUCAAUUUUCAAAAGAAACACCCUGUAAAGACUCCACAUCGUAUAUCACAUCACUACACUAACUACAACUAAAACACAGCCACAAAUCUUUGAUACAUGUCGUUCAUAACAUGACUAAAUGGUACUUUUACGGUAGAAGCCUAAAUAUCCAGGAAAAAUUACCAAAACAACAAAAUCUGCGAGUCGGGCAGGCAAAACACACUGCUUCUGAGAUGCUCCUGGUGUGGUAUAACGCAGGGCAGAAGAUAGAACAAAACCACAGCGCAGCCAGAAUGCGGCGCAUCUGUACCUGGUGGAAUUCCGGGGUGACCCAUGUCAUUUUCACUGGGCUUCAGUUUAACAAUUGCAACUUAGCCAAAGAAACUGUAGAUUGUAUCUCUAUCUAUUGGGGUUUAACUUGACCAGUAAGAAUAUUUUACCUCCAGAGCGUAAUUGUUUCUCCACUAAAUGUUUGUACACCCUGACUAGGAACAACACCACAUAGCUUCAAGUUAAAGUCAAACUAAAACCACCAGUGCCCUGCAGUGCCAGACUGUCUCCACUGUCAAGGAUUACAUUGUUAACUCUAAAAGAGAGGCUACUGCCUAUCUAAUUAGUGUAAUUGUAAUCUGCAAGUAUCUGGAUGGUCUGUGUGGAUCUCAUGAAAAGGCGAGGUUAGCCACGUUACCAUUUAAAAUAAACAGAACAAUCAACAAGAAGUUAUACUGAAGUUAUAUCUGUUUAAAGAUGUAAUGCCACAACUUCAAAGUUCUUACUGUAGCUCUGGUGGGAAUGCAUUGGUGUAUUGUUUUAGAACAGACCGUCCUCACACAGUAAACAACUGUAUAGGUUGAUUUUGCUAGCAGCCUAUAACAACCUAUAUAGUUUGUUCUUAGGAGGCCUAGUGGCAGUAAGGUGACAAAGUAAAAGUCAGCAUAAGGAGGCAGUUUGGUGUGGUGGAUAGGUCAAUGAAAACACAGGACAAACCAAAAGUCAACUGUGAUGAACUU